UUCUCCCUGUCCUGAACCUCACUUCCAUGUUUCUCUCACAGGUACCCACUCUCUUUGCCUCGACUUCACUGUCAAAUCUCAGUCCAGACCUGGGGAGUCCUGGUGUGAAGUGCAGGGCUCAGUGGAUAAGACCGCUUUCCUUCAGUAUGACUGUGAGAGCAACAAGAUCAAACCUUUGGGUCACCUGGGAAGGGAGGUAAAUGCCACCAAAACAUGGACACAAUUGACCGAAAUGCUGAGAGAACUGGGGCAAGAUCUCAGGAUGACCCUGCUUGACAUGGACUUGGAAAAAAAUAAGACCACGGGUCAUCUCACCCUGCAGGCCACGAUGUCUUGUCAGCUUGAAGGAAAAAAUCACAUUGGUUCAUUCUGGAAUUUCAGCAUUGAUGGACAGCCAUCUCUCUGCUUAAAUGUGAUGCACAUGGAGUGGACAGUGAUUAAUCCUAGAGCCCGGGGGAUCAAGGAGAAGUGGGGGAAUGACAAAGAACUGACAGAACGUUUAAGGAAGGUCUCCAUGGGAGAUUGCAAUCACUGGCUCACGGGAUUCUUAAAGUACCAGAAGGAAAUGCCAGGUAGGGAGCUGAGUUAUCAUGAUAUAACUCAGCAGAGUGGGAAAGAUGUGGAAGUUCUUUUUAAAAGUCUGAUGACUUUCCUGUGGGGUGUGAGCAUGUACAUGUAAUGGGAAAUUUGUUGGGCUGAAUGAAUGACUGAUUUCUUGAUGGGCUUCCUGUCUGGAUGGUGAUAGCCAUAUGGAUUUAUGAUC